AUGGCUAAUAUCCCUCCACCAGUUACUCAAACAAAUGAUAGAGAUCAUUAUAAUGCUAAACCUCCUAUUUUUAAUGGAGAUAGAUUUGAUUAUAGGAAGGAUAGAAUAGAGAGAUUCUAUCUAGGUCACGACAUUGAUCUAUGGGAUAUAGUAGUUGAUGGCUACAUAUACCCAGUAGAUGCAAGUGGCAACAAAGUUGAAAGAAGAGUGAUGCCAAGACAAAAAAAAGAUUAUAAGAAUCAUCACAAAGCAAGAACCAUCUUGCUGAAUGCUAUUUCAUACAACGAGUAUGAAAAUAUCACCAACAAGGAUACUGCAAAAUCAAUAUUUUAUUCUUUGAGGAUGACUCAUGAAGGGAAUACACAAGUCAAAGAAACCAAUUCUCUUGCCUUAAUUAAAAAAUAUGAAGCGUUCAAGAUGGAGGAUGAGGAAACUGUAGAGAAUAUGUUCUUAAGGUUUCAAACUCUUGUUGUAGGACUUAAGUUAUCAAAGGAUCUGAACAAUACUUCUCUUGGAGAACUGGUUAGUUCUUUAAGAAGUCAUGAGAUUGAGCUUGAGGAAGAUGAGCCCAAGAGAAAGAGAAAAUAUGUUGCUCUAAAGUCUUUGGGAAUAUAUGAGAAGACAAAAUCUCUUCAAGUAGAAACAGGUGAAGAUUCUGAAAAGGAAUCAGAAGAAGAUGAUGAAUUGAGUCUUCUCUUCAGACGUGUCAAUCAACUCUGGAAGAAAAGGCAAGGCAGAUUCAGAGGACAAAGAAGGACAUGUGGUCAUUCUGAUUCUAAUUCUGGAUUCAAGAAAGUUAGAGCUGGAAAAGAACUCAUGUGCUUUGAGUGCAAGGAGCCAUGCCACUUCAAGAAUGAACAUACCAAGUUAAUGAAAGACAAGCCUAAGAAGAACUUCAGAGGAAAGAAGAAGGUUCUGAUGGCUACAUGUUUAUCAAAAGUUCUGGACAAGUAUCAAAAGCUUCUGGACAAAUACAAGGAUAUGAAGAAGAUUCAUGUAUCUGAAUCAGAAUCAUAUUGUAAGCUUCCGAAAGAUUUUUCAAGUUUGAGUGAAGAAAACUUAAUUUUGAAAAACAACAACUCUGUGCCUAAAAGCAAGAGUCUCAAACCUGAGAAGAAAAUUCUUUCAAAAGUCUCUACAGGUUAUGGUGAUAUCAUAAAUAAAUAUGAUAAGUCUUUCUAUAAAUGUCUUGCUAGAAGCCUCAACAGAAGCUUAAUGGCUUCAAUGAUUUAUGGCGUAAGUAGAAACAGAACAAGGGGUGUUGGUUAUGAUUCUGAUGAAGAAUCUGAUUCUCAAAAAAGAUGA